UAAUAAUCAGAAGUCAUUAUAAUGGUGGUUACCCUUUUCUUUUUAGAAAUAAAAAGAAAUCUCUAUUCUCCACCGAAAAACAAAGACUCAAACUUUAGUUUAGUGGAAAAAGCCCCUUAUCGGAUUUGAACCGAUGACUUACGCCUUACCAUGGCGUUACUCUACCACUGAGUUAAAAGGGCUUGUUUUAUUCGAUUCAUGAAUUAUAGCCUUUUUCCAUUAUGAGUCUACUGCAUAAUAUAUGUACAUGAUAUAUACAUAUAUGCACAUAAUAUAUACAUAGUUCAUUUAGGAGCAAUCAAUUUGAUUUACCCCCCAAAAGUAAAAAGUGGGCAAAUUUUUUAUUUUUUUUUUUGAUAAAAAUAAUGCAGUGAAUUGUUUCAAGACCGACCCCGCUUGUUUACCUUUACUGACUCAUCAAAACAAGAUUCACUUGAUUGAUACAUGUACCAAUCUGACAUCGACAUAGAUUCGAUAGAUUUUCUUGAAUCAUGUGAUGAGGGUAUUCGUACCCUGAACCGAAUUCUUAUAAAAAAAUAAAAAAGAAAAAAGGAAAAUUUCUAUCGUUUUUUAAUUUUCUGACUUAAUGUGAGAUAGUGAUAGGCAUAUUUUAUCUGAACAAUGAACGAAGCAAUGAGUUAAGUUAAAAUUAAUGAGUUAAAAUUGAAGAAAAGAAAUUAAGUGGGGUUCUACCCCCUUUUCUGUUCUGUCGGACCAAUCACUGCCUGAACUGACGGAGUCCUGUACCUCCUUUCGCUAUAUAAAAUAGUAUGGGAUGGUUCAUUCAUGAACCAUCAAAUCCAAAACAAAAUUCUAUGGAAUCAUAACAUAAAAGUAGAAAAGAGUGUUCAGAUCUAGUCAUAUCAUUAGAUUAUAUUGACAAUUCCAAAAAACUACUCAUACUAUCAUCAUAGUAUGAUGACAGUUGGGCGGAUAUGCCCCUAUCGUCUAGUGGUUCAGGACAUCUCUCUUUCAAGGAGGCAGCGGGGAUUCGACUUCCCCUGGGGGUACUACGAAAGGAAGUUGAUCAUGGAUUAUCAAUAAGCCUAGAAGGAAUUCUUCCUGGGUCGAUGCCCGAGCGGUUAAUGGGGACGGACUGUAAAUUCGUUGGCGAUAUGUCUACGCUGGUUCAAAUCCAGCUCGGCCCAAAAAUUCGCCGCUCCAUGAAUAUGAUAUAACCAAUGAUAUAACCAAUUUGUCCCCCAGAAACAAAAAUACCUGAUCCGUAAAAGAGAAAGAGUCCAUUUUUGUUUCUCUAUCCAUGUUUUUCUCAUUCGUUCUGAUCUUUUCUUUCUAACGAUCUAGAUUCAUAAUACUUAAUCAAAGCAAAGAUUAUGAAAGGAAAAAUCGUUUUUUCUCAAUGAAAGGUUGAUUAUCUAUUUUUGGCAAUAAAAUAAAAUAAACACAGGUUACUAGUAAUCCGUGUCACUUUCACUAUAGUCCAUAUCUAUGUGUUCUAUGUGUAUAUGAUAUCAGUUAGUAUAUCAUUCGUGUCUCUGUUACAACGCGACGAAGAAAAUGUUUUUCUGAAACCAUUAAGAAUAUGUAUACCAUACACCUCGCUGGGAUUGUAGUUCAAUUGGUCAGAGCACCGCCCUGUCAAGGCGGAAGCUGCGGGUUCGAGCCCCGUCAGUCCCGAACUAGGAUCCGACCGAUGAAUGGAGAAAUGAAUUUAUCUAUUUUCCGUGAAAAAGGAGACAGGGGGCAAGAUCUAAUCCCCAGUGGAGAUCCUUAUUUCUUUUGUUUUUCAUUUCGCAUUUAUCAUCAGACAAAUACAGGAAUUUCCAUUUCUUCCACUAGUGCCGAGUGAUAAGGGAGAGACAUAACAUAUAUAGAUUCGUACAAUCGGUGGUAUUCCUAUAUUUAGUAUUUUAAGAGAUACUCGUCUGACUUUCUUUUUCGAUUUUCUUGAUAAAUGAAAUAGAAUAGAGUGCUCCUAUUUUUACCGAGAGUACAUACGCAAAUUGUAUUCGUUUAUUGUACAAUACAUAAUGAACUUAACAUAAUUACCUCGACAGAGUACUUGUCAGGUUAAACGACAACCCUUUUUAGCUUCGACUUUGUUUGUGUAUCCUCAAUGACUAAUUGGAAACAAUCUAUCUCAUUCUCAUUUAAAUUGCACACUGAAUUUUUGAUGUAUGCCUUCCAGUCCCAAUCGAAGAAAGAGAUACUAAUCAAAUAAAAGAAAAGACCAAGCAACGUUCCUUUUUAUUAAAUUUGUUGGAAUUAUAUUAGAUCUUUUAUACUUAACCCGUCCUUUUUCCAUCUCACUUCUACUCUUUGGAUCUGUGUGUGAUUCAUAGAAUACCAGUCAUAUAAUACCUCAUAAUUGUAUGUACAUAAUUGUAUGUAUAAGUAUAACGAAGGAGGAGUAUAUAAGGAAGACGGUAGGGUUAUUUAUAGAAAAGAAAAAGUGGAAAAGGAUGAAAAUUCAAUGGGAUUCUUUAUUGGAUCAGGAAUCCCAUUUCAGAUUUAGUAUGGAUAAAGGAUCUUCCUAUGUUAUACUAUUCAAUUCUCGACGAUGAAUCGAUUUGAUAGAUCAGAUAUUGUUAUUCAUAAUAUUGAUCCGAUUCAGUAUCAUCAGGAUGCAAUUCAUCCCAUUGAAUUUACAGGAAUCAAAUUUCUCAUCUCUAUGGGAUUAGAUCCCGAGUUAUUGCGAAGUAAAAAAACAAUGAGAUUAUGGAAGUAAAUAUUCUCGCAUUUAUUGCUACUGCACUGUUCAUUCUAGUUCCUACUGCCUUUUUACUUAUCAUCUACGUAAAAACAGUCAGUCAAAAUGAUUAAUUUGACUGAAACUUGAUUUAUUAGUUCUUAUCAAUGAUUGAAUAAAUGAAAGAAACGGAUUCAAACUCCAAGUCUUAAAUGAAAUGAUCUGUCUGGAAUCAUAAGUAUCUGAGAUAAUAAGUAUCUGAGAUAGUAGUAUCUGAGCCGAGAUAGUAUGGUAUAGUAUUUAUUAUCCUAUUAAUGAUUUUCAUAGAAAGUUGUACUGUAUACAGAUAUAGGCUUUUAUAUAGAGAAAGCCUAUAUCUAGGUCAAUAUACAAUAUGUAUGUACAUAGAUUAGAUGUAUAUCUAAAUAGUACAUCAAAAUAACAGUCCAAUUCUAUUAUUUUUUUGGCUACAUUUACUUGUGUGGAUUUCGAUCAAUUCAAAAUAAUUGAAGACCAACUCUUCUAAUUCCUGGCUUUCUUAGAAUUUAUAUAUAUAUAGGUAUAGGUCCCGAGAUCUAUCAAAGGAAUCAAUGGAGCAAGACAAAAAGAGUAUGGGCAUAUUCUACUAUAAAUUAAAUAAAAAAAAAGAUAAAAGAAAACGAAACCAAAGAAAAGAAUCUUUUUCUUUUUUUAGAUUUCCCAUCUCAAGAAGUCAUUGCUUGAUCUAUUAACAGAUGAUCUGCGGAGUUCUAUUCCAUGAUAACUUCUUCAGAUUUGAAAAAGAAGUAGAUUAAUAGAGUAGACCUUCCCAAUUUUUUAUGCUUAAACAUGACAUGAGAUGAGUCAAAAAAAGCAUAAAAAAAUCUCUAGGAGUCUAAAAAAAAGGUGAAAUGCGCGAUAUGUGGAUCGCUCAACGGAAGAAAGAUCUAAUCUUAUUAUGUGUAGAACCUCUUUGGACAACAACUAGUCAUUUCCAAUAGAAAGUAUGUAUUGUCGUAAUCUAAUAUAAUUAGAAUAGCGGAACGGCUUUCUCUUCUCUUAGAACAGUAAAAGUAAAGAAAGAGGGAAACAAAUAAAGAAAAAAAGAAAAAACCAAUUUCAGAUUUUUUCUUUUUGUAAUAUCCAUAAUUCUGGUAAGAGCUGGUUUAUCAAAAUAGAAUAUUUAGGAAGAAUUCGGUUGGAAAAAAUUUCCUAUCAUGCGUAGAUUUAGGUUUCGAAAUACAACUAUAGUAAUCAUUCAUUCUUUGAUCGAAUGGUUAUUAUUCAUUAUUGUAUUUUCUUAUUCAUUACUGUAUUUCAGUAUAAUUUUGAAACAGAGACAUUCUUUUUUUAAAGCUUUGCAAAACGAUCAAUUAAACAAUUGAUAGAAUUCAAUUACUCAAUCGAUUACUCGAUUAGUAGUACCCCUAGAGUCCACUCCUUCCCCAUACUACGAGUGAGAGGGAAAAUGUAAAGACUACCAUUAAAGCAGCCCAAGCGAGACUUACUAUAUCCAUAUAAAUUAUGUCUCCUAUCUCUAUGAAGGAAUUAUUCCAUUAUUGAUCAAUAAUCAUAGUGGAAUCAAUGGCGCAGAGUCAAAAUGGAAUUCUGACUUAACUUAAGGCUAUUGAUGAACCAAUCCAAUGAAUCUACUCGUAACAAGAUUAUAAGAUUUCUGGUAGAAUCGGGAAGCAUUAAGCAUAAAUACAAUACACACACCUUUUCUCGGAAAAUGAAAUAACAAAGGAAUACUCCUAUCCCAAUGGAACAUGUAGGAGUACUAAGACCUAUUGUUUGUUACCCUUUUUCAUAAGCAAAAGACAUCAAAAUAUACCAUCAAGAUAGAUAACUAUCUAUCAGAUACCUCUAUUUCCUAUUUGAUCUAAGCCUUACUGUUUUUUUUGUGAAAGAAUGGGGAGACACCAUCACCAGUAUUACAUACAUUCUUUCUUUUUUUCGUAAUCCCCCUAUCUUACACGGGCAAAGAAAUUCCUACACGGGCAAAGAAAUUUUUUUGUUUCUUCAACUUUUACUUUUACUCUUUACUCAAUAAGAGCCGACCAACUAUCCUGAUUGAAUGUUUGAGUACUCAGAGACUCUCGUGAGUCUGGAUACAAAGUAUCUUCAGUCCUUUCCACAACUUCUAAAUUGAUUUCCCAUCAGCCUAUCCAAUCGAAUUCCAGACAGAGUCAGUAGACACAACGGUGGUAGUGUAAAAUAAUUAGGAAUUCUUGAUAGUCUUUCGUACAAUCUCUUCUUCAAUCCUAGUAGCAAAAAUGGAGUGUCCUUUAGGAACCUUUGGAUACCAAGAUUUCCGACCUCUUACUUUCGUAGUUUUGAAUCCCAGAAUUUACUUUCACUAUUUAUUUAUUCUACUUAUAAAAUAAAUGUCCGAACCAAUCAUAAUCAUAUUAAAAUCAUAAUCAUAUUAAUAAGUAAGGCUUACUUCAUCCCUAUUUGUACCGGUUUGGGCCACACCCAAAGCCCGGAUUUUUAGAAAAAAAUUGACUUUCUUUAAAAAAAUUGACUUUCUUUAUAGAACUACAGAUUCUAAAAAUAAAGUAUCGAUAGGCUUAUCCUUUUGCCUCUCCUUCUCCGGGGACAGAAUUCGUCGAGUUAAAUCAGCAGAAUAAGAAAUCCCAAGUUUUUUGUUGAUCAGGCGACACCCAGAUUUGAACUGGGGAUAAAGGAUUUGCAGUCCCCCGCCUUACCACUUGGCCAUGUCGCCAAACCAAAUUCGAUCCAAAUAAGAUAAAAAAUAGAUUUCUGGUCAAAGACUGAAAAAUUCAGGGCAAAUUGGAACCAUUAACUAUUUGUUUUGUUGUUUUGAAUUAGCGAAAGGUUCUUCAAUUUGUAUCUCAAAUUGUUGCGUUUCCUUAAUGGCAUAACAAAAUCAAAUUGAUUUAUGACUAAUUCAGUAUCAAUUAUUUUCAAUAAUCAAUCUUUUUCAAUUUCAAUUAUAACAAUAUAAAUUAUAACAAUAUAUAUGUGUAUAUGUAAACCUCAAAACAGAAAUUGUUACACAGAUACCGCUCUUAUGUACAUAUCCCAUAUCCCUAUAGAGAAUCGUCGUGCCUUCUUUUUUCAUUUUCUAUAUGCAAUAGAAAAAAUAGGAAUUAUGAUAUAGUGCGACCUGACUUCUGUUGCCACAAGUGAAAUUACGAUAAAAGAUGUGAUAUGCGGACAGGUAGAUAGCUAUAUUGGCAUGCACUUAAUAAAUAUUACUCCUAUUACGCAAUUCAAUCAUAUUCUAUAUAUUCUACUAGCAAAAAAAUAAUUCGAAAUUUUUUUUGAACAUGAAAUGAAACUCAAAUAAAAUUAAGUAUGCUAAAAAGGGAAACUCUAUAUUGUUCCUGUUGUACCUGUCGCAAAUUCGAACUUGCGUCGAAAAUGCUCUUCAUUCCUCUGUCUCAUUUCCGUUCAUACGUAUGAAAUACAUAUAUGGUAUAUGGAGUUGGCUAAAAUUUCAUGUGAUUCAGUAAACAGAAUAUACAUUCCAUCAUUGCUAGAUCGAUCCGUAUGGUUCGAUAAAUAGUGAGCUAAUAAUGGGAUUUUUCAAUAAACAGGAAACUUAAGAUUAAGAUGCUCCGGAAUGAUGGAAAUGAGGGAAUGUCCACAAUACCUGGAUUUAGUCAGAUCCAAUUUGAGGGAUUUUGUAGGUUCAUUAAUGAGGGCUUGACGGAAGAAUUUCAUAAGUUUCCAAAAAUUGAAGAUACAGAUCAAGAAAUUGAAUUUAAAUUAUUUGUGGAAAGAUAUCAAUUGGUAGAACCCUUGAUAAACGAAAGAGAUGCUGUGUAUGAAUCACUCACAUAUUCUUCUGAAUUAUAUGUACCCGCGGGAUUAAUUUGGAAAACCGGUAGAGAUAUGCAAGAACAAACCGUUUUUAUUGGAAACAUUCCCCUAAUGAAUUCCCUGGGAACCUUUAUAGUAAAUGGAAUAUACAGAAUUGUGAUCAAUCAAAUAUUGCAAAGUCCUGGUAUUUACUACCGUUCAGAAUUGGACCAUAACGGAAUUUCUGUCUAUACCAGCACAAUAAUAUCAGAUUGGGGAGGAAGAUCGGAAUUAGAAAUUGAUAGAAAAGCAAGGAUAUGGGCCCGUGUAAGUAGGAAACAAAAAAUAUCUAUUCUAAUUCUAUCAUCAGCUAUGGGUUCGAAUCUAAGAGAAAUUCUAGAUAAUGUUUGUUACCCUGAAAUUUUCUUGUCUUUCCCGAAUGAUAAGGAGAAAAAAAAGAUUGGGUCAAAAGAAAAUGCUAUUUUGGAAUUUUAUCAACAAUUUGCUUGUGUAGGCGGGGAUCCGGUAUUUUCUGAGUCUUUAUGUAAAGAAUUACAAAAGAAAUUUUUUCAACAAAGAUGUGAAUUAGGAAGGAUUGGUCGACGAAAUAUGAACCGGAGACUGAAUCUUGAUAUACCUCAGAACAAUACAUUUUUAUUACCACGAGAUGUAUUGGCUGCUGCGGAUCAUUUGAUCGGAAUUAAAUUUGGAAUGGGUACACUUGACGAUAUGAAUCACUUGAAAAAUAAACGGAUUCGUUCUAUAGCGGAUCUGUUACAGGAUCAAUUCGGACUGGCUCUUGUUCGUUUAGAAAAUGCGGUUCGAGGAACUAUAUGUGGAGCAAUUCGGCAUAAAUUGAUACCGACUCCUCAAAAUUUGGUAACUUCAACUUCAUUAACAACCACUUAUGAAUCGUUUUUUGGCCUACAUCCUUUAUCUCAAGUUUUGGAUCGAACUAAUCCAUUGACACAAAUCGUUCAUGGGCGAAAAUUGAGUUAUUUGGGUCCUGGAGGAUUGACGGGGCGAACUGCUAGUUUUCGGAUACGAGAUAUUCAUCCUAGCCACUAUGGACGUAUUUGUCCAAUUGACACGUCCGAAGGAAUCAAUGUUGGACUUAUUGGAUCCUUAGCCAUUCAUGUGAGGAUUGGCCAUUGGGGAUCUAUAGAGAGUCCAUUUUAUGAAAUAUCUGAAAGAUCAAAAGAGGCACAGAUAGUUUAUUUAUCACCAAAUAGAGAUGAAUAUUAUAUGGUAGCAGCGGGAAAUUCUUUGGCCUUGAAUCGGGGUAUUCAGGAAGAACAGGUUGUUCCAGCCCGAUACCGUCAAGAGUUCCUGACUAUUGCAUGGGAACAGAUUCAUCUUAGAAGUAUUUUUCCCUUCCAAUAUUUUUCUAUUGGAGCUUCCCUCAUUCCUUUUAUCGAGCAUAAUGAUGCGAAUCGGGCUUUAAUGAGUUCUAAUAUGCAGCGCCAAGCAGUUCCGCUUUCUCAGUCCGAGAGGUGCAUUGUUGGAACUGGACUGGAACGCCAAACGGCUCUGGAUUCGGGGGUUUCCGCUAUAGCCGAACACGAGGGAAAGAUCAUUUAUACUGACCCUCACAAGAUCAUUUUAUCAAGUAAUGGGGACACUACUAUAAGUAUAAGUAUUCCAUUAGUUAUCUAUCAACGUUCCAACAAAAAUACUUGUAUGCAUCAAAAACCUCAGGUUCCGCGGGGUAAAUGCAUUAAAAAAGGACAAAUUUUAGCGGACGGUGCGGCUACAGUUGGGGGGGAACUUGCUUUAGGAAAAAACGUAUUAGUAGCUUAUAUGCCAUGGGAGGGUUACAAUUCUGAAGACGCAGUACUAAUUAGCGAACGUCUGGUAUAUGAAGAUAUUUAUACUUCUUUUCACAUCCGGAAAUAUGAAAUUCAGACUCAUGUGACAAGCCAAGGACCUGAAAGAAUCACUAAGGAAAUACCACAUCUAGAGGCUCAUUUACUCCGCAAUUUAGACAGAAAUGGAGUUGUGAUGCUGGGAUCUUGGGUAGAAACAGGUGAUAUUUUAGUAGGUAAAUUAACACCUCAGACAGCAAACGAAUCGUCGUAUGCUCCAGAGGAUAGAUUAUUACGAGCCAUACUUGGAAUUCAGGUAUCCACUGCAAAAGAAACUUCUCUAAAACUACCUAUAGGCGGAAGAGGUCGCGUUAUUGAUGUGAGAUGGAUCCGGAAAAAGGGGGGUUCCUGUUAUAAUUCAGAAAUGAUUCGUGUAUAUAUUUCACAGAAACGUGAAAUCAAAGUAGGUGAUAAAGUAGCUGGAAGACAUGGGAAUAAGGGUAUCAUUUCAAAAAUUUUGCCUAGACAAGAUAUGCCCUAUUUGCAAGAUGGAACACCUGUUGAUAUGGUCUUCAACCCAUUAGGAGUACCAUCACGAAUGAAUGUGGGACAGAUAUUUGAAUGCUCGCUCGGGUUAGCGGGGGAUCUGCUAAAGAGACAUUAUAGAAUAGCACCUUUUGAUGAGAGAUAUGAGCAAGAGGCUUCGAGAAAACUAGUGUUUUCCGAAUUAUAUGAAGCCAGUAAGCAAACAAAAAAUCCAUGGGUAUUUGAACCCGAAUAUCCGGGAAAAAGCAGAAUAUUUGAUGGAAGAACAGGAAAUCCUUUUGAACAACCUGUUCUAAUAGGAAAGUCCUAUAUUUUAAAAUUAAUUCAUCAAGUUGAUGAUAAAAUCCAUGGACGUUCUAGUGGACAUUACGCACUUGUUACACAACAACCCCUUAGAGGAAGGGCGAAGCAAGGGGGACAACGAGUAGGGGAAAUGGAAGUUUGGGCUCUAGAGGGAUUUGGUGUUGCUCAUAUUUUACAAGAGAUGCUUACUUAUAAAUCUGAUCAUAUUAGAGCUCGUCAAGAAGUACUUGGUGCUACGAUCAUUGGAGGAAGAGUAUCUAACCCAGAAGAUGCUCCAGAAUCUUUUCGAUUGCUCGUUCGAGAACUACGAUCUUUAGCUCUAGAACUGAAUCAUUUCCUUGUAUCUGAGAAGAACUUCCAGAUUAAUAGGAAGGAAGCUUGAUCUGAAUGAAUCAGAAUUUCUAUUCUAUGAUUGACCGGUAUAAACAUCAACAACUUCGAAUUGGACUAGUUUCUCCUCAACAAAUAAAGGCUUGGGCCAACAAAAUUUUACCUAAUGGAGAGAUAGUUGGAGAGGUGACAAAGCCCUAUACGUUUCAUUAUAAGACCAAUAAACCAGAAAAAGAUGAUUGUUUUGUGAAAGAAUCUCUGGGCCCAUAAAAAGUGGAAUUUGUGCUUGUGGAAAUUAUCGAGUGAUUGGAGCUGAAAAAGAAGACCCGAAAUUUUGUGAACAAUGCGGGGUGGAAUUUGUUGAUUCUCGGAUACGAAGAUAUCAAAUGGGAUACAUCAAACUCGCAUGUCCAGUGACUCAUGUGUGGUAUUUGAAACGUCUUCCUAGUUAUAUCGCGAAUCUUUUAGAUAAACCCCUUAAGGAAUUAGAAGGCCUAGUAUACUGCGAUGUGUGAUUUGAUCAAAAUUUUCGUUUUACAGAUUCGGACUGAGAAACUGUCAUCCCAUUCAAUCCGAUUGGGGUGCCCCCGGCUCUGACAUGUGUUUUGGAGAAGUAAAAGUAACACGAAACUCAGAAUUAUAGGUGUAUUCAAUACUUCCAAAUGCAAGGGGAAUUGAUCCAUGGUCGAUUCCGUAUAAAUAGGAAUUGCUAGUUAUACCUCGUGAAAAAACACUUUUUUGUGGAAUCAGCUAUUCCAUUUCUUUAUAGAGAGAUUCCGUUUAAGCAAGCAAAUAUAGUAUGGUUACAGAAGUCUAUCUAUCGCAUAUAUGCUUCAAGGGGCAUCAUGGGAUAACCAUCGAGGUGAGUAGGGACCUAAAGGAUCGAAUAGAACGAUAUAUAGACAAGUAAA